ACAGAGAGAGAGAAAGAAAGACCCGACCAAAAAAAAAAAAAAAAACCCUAACUAAUCUCCAUUCUCUCUGCGAUCUCGUCGUCCGCUGCUCGGAUCCGGUUCUCCGCCGCCGGAUUCUUUCUCGAUCGAGGUGAGUGUCGCUGAAAUCGGCGCUGCUUGCUCUGAGAUCGAGCGGAUUUCUCAGUGCCAUUGAUUUUAGGGUUUUUAAUCUGUUUUCGGCAAGAUUUUAGCUUCAGAUGUAGCAAGAGCUCAUCUUGGAUCGAGAUUAGGCCUGAAUUUGCUAGCUUGCGUCGUUUCUAUUUAGGGUAUUGUAUUUAGUUUGGGGUUAAGGAUGAUGGAGGGUAGUAAAUUCGCUGGGAUCAUUGGGGGCGUUGGAAACGACGCAGGGAACAGUUACUAUGACCUAGGAUUUUAUAGGAAGCUAGGCGAAGGCUCCAAUAUGUCGAUCGACAGUGUCGGGAGCCUUCAGACGAGCAAUGGAGGAGGCUCUGUUUCGAUGUCGGUGGACAACAGUAGUGUUGGGUCCAACAACAAUUCUCACACUGGGAUUUUGCAUCACCCGGGCCUUCGCCCCGUUCAUCCUUCGGAUUACUCCGUCGGCGGUCACAGUGUGUUUCGUCCCGGGAAGAGGAGUAAUCAUGUACUUAAUAACGAUGCAUUGGCUCAAGCUUUGAUGGAUCAAAGUUACCCGACUGAGUCCCUUCAGAAUUACGAUGAAUGGACCAUCGAUUUAAGGAAGCUUAAUAUGGGAGCGGCAUUUGCGCAGGGUGCUUUUGGAAAGUUGUAUCGGGGUACUUAUAAUGGGGAGGAUGUUGCGAUUAAGUUAUUGGAAAAGCCCGAGAAUGACCCAGAGAGGGCUCAAUUGAUGGAGCAACAGUUUGCACAGGAGGUGAUGAUGCUUGCUAAUUUGAGGCACCCGAACAUUGUGAGGUUUAUUGGAGCGUGUAGGAAACCGGUGGUUUGGUGCAUUGUGACUGAGUAUGCAAAGGGAGGGUCAGUAAGGCAGUUCUUGAUGAGGAGGCAGAAUAGGGCGGUGCCGCUGACAACAGCAGUGAAGCAGGCGUUGGAUGUAGCGAGGGGAAUGGCCUAUGUGCAUGGGUUGGGGUUCAUUCACAGGGAUUUGAAGUCAGAUAAUUUGCUGAUUUUCGGAGAUAAAUCUAUUAAGAUUGCAGAUUUUGGGGUGGCUAGGAUUGAGGUGCAGACUGAAGGGAUGACGCCGGAGACUGGAACUUACCGUUGGAUGGCUCCAGAGAUGAUCCAGCACAGACCCUACAAUCAGAAGGUCGAUGUUUAUAGCUUUGGUAUCGUCCUGUGGGAACUUAUAACAGGCAUGCUCCCUUUCCAGAACAUGACAGCAGUGCAGGCAGCGUUUGCUGUGGUGAACAAGAGCGCUCGACCAAUUAUACCUAGUGACUGCCUCCCGGUGCUCGGUGAGAUCAUGACCCGUUGCUGGGAUCCGAACCCUGACGCCCGCCCUCCCUUCACCGAUGUUGUCAAGAUGCUCGAGAACGCACAGGCAGAGAUCGGAACCACUGUGCGCAAGGCUCGCUUUCGGUGCUGCAUGACUCAGCCCAUGACAACUGACUGAAACAAGAAAGUAAGUCUUGAAAGAAAAGAUACUAUAAAGGCCUAUGUAACUACUACCAUAGUAUCAGACUUUCUGGUUGAGUAGAAGAACUUCAUGUUGUGUAUGUGGGUUUCUGUUGUUUUUGAUAUUAUUAUAGAAGGUUAUGAUUUUAGUUUGCUUAUAUUUUUAUUUUCCCACCAAAUGUUGAAUGCUCUCUUGCUGUAUCAAGCUCAGUGUUUUUGAUUCCAAGUUGGAAAGUAUUCUCA